GUUCAGGAGUUUGAACUAAAGCGUCCACAGCAGAUUUAGCUUCAUCCACUCCUGCAGAGAGUCAAUCAUGAGGGUUCUGGUAUUUCUUCUCUUGGUGGCUUUGUCCAGUGCUGACGUCUAUCAGCGGUGUCAAUGGGCCAGAGUGCUGAAGAAUAAUGGCAUGGACGGCUACUACGGCAUCAGCCUGGCCAACUGGGUUUGUCUGACCAAGUGGGAGUCAACCUACAACACCCAAGCCAUCAACCACAACACUGACGGAUCCACUGACUAUGGCAUCUUCCAGAUAAACAGUCGCUAUUGGUGUGACGACGGCCGCACCCCCGGCUCAGGAAACGCAUGUGGCAUCAAGUGUAGUGAGCUCCUGACAAAUAACGUUGGCGUGGCGAUCACUUGUGCCAAACGUGUCGUUAGGGACCCCAACGGCAUCAGAGCCUGGGUGGCCUGGCGCAAUCACUGCGCGAACCAUGACGUGAGCCCUUAUUUGGACGGAUGUGGUCUUUAAUCAACACAUUGAACCAACAGCUUCAACAAUGAAGAGAAAUGUGGCGAUCAACACGUCUGUUCUAAUUGUGCUCGGAUGUAAAUGAAAAGAUUAAAAUAUUUUCCACCAA